UUCGCUCUUUUAAGCAUUUAUUUAGGAACAAUAAAGCUUCCGUUCGUAUACGGGGAAUUGUUUUAAAGCACAUCCCGACCCAAAUUAUGAGGGAACCAGACCCGUGAAGGCGGUCAUGGAGACCGCUCGCGAGUAAAGCAAAGCAGGCACUCUUGAUAGCCAGCUAUACGCCGGGAACGGAAGAGCGGGACGUAAAUAGUCCUGUUGGGCCGCUCGCGCAUGCGCUGUAGCGAGUAGCCGGGGAACGCGACGGCGCAGGAGGAAGGAGACGCUCCAGGCGCGAGGCCGGCGGCGGUUUCGUCACCAACGGCCGCUUCAGAGCUUUGUAGACCCGGAGGGGUGUGGCGGAGGCAGAAAGGAAUUUCGUGAGAGGGAACAAGAAGCGGGAAGAUUCCGGUAAUCCCGUAGACCGCCCCCCUCCUUUCCCUCUGGUCGCCGAGGGAAGCGGAAGUGCCGCCAUCUUGGGAGAGAGGAGUAGCUAAGGAAGAAUUUGAGGCGGCGUCAUGGCGGAACCAGAGAACCUUGAGGUGAUGGUUAAAACCUUGGACUCUCAGACAAGGACUUUCACAGUGGAAGAAGAGAUCACCGUGAAGGAGUUUAAGGAGCACAUUGCAGGUUCAGUCAGUAUCCCCUCGGAAAAGCAGCGCCUCAUCUAUCAAGGGAGAGUCCUUCAGGAUGACAAGAAGUUGAAAGAAUACAAUGUUGGGGGCAAAGUCAUCCACCUGGUGGAGCGUGCGCCUCCUCAGACCCAGUCGCCCUCCUUGGGGGGCCCUUCUGGAGCCGGCUCGUCCUCCGUCCCUCACAACGGAGCAGGCCCCCGGGUGACGGGCCCAACUGUGCACGACCGCAAUGCCAACAGCUACGUCAUGGUGGGAACCUUCAACUUACCAAGCGAUGGAUCGUCUGUGGAUGUUCAUAUAAAUAUGGACCAGGCUCCCAUACAGAGCGAGCCUCGAGUCCGCCUUGUUAUGGCCCAGCAUAUGCUUCGGGACGUCCAGGGCAUUCUGAACCGACUAGAGGGCCGCACCAAUGGCCAAGUUGCAUCGGGACCCGAGGAGACGGCAUCUGCCAGCCCCACCGAACGGGAGCCCAUGGAGGGAGCUGAGUCUGAGCCUCCCAGUGAGCCCACACCAGCUGAGGAGACGCCCCCAUCGGGGGCCGAGCCGCCCCCUACCGCUGAGGCUGCUGCGCCCAACCACCCGUCCCCAGGCGAGUACGUGGAGGUCUUAGGGGAGCUCCGCGGGGUGGAGAGCAGGCUCCAGCCCUUCCUCCAGAGAUAUGAGGAGAUCCUUGGAACGGCCAGCACCGCAGACUACAACAAUAACACGGAGGGCCGCGAAGAGGACCAGCGCAUCAUCAACCUGGUGGGGGAGUCUCUGCGCCUCCUGGGGAACACCUUUGUGGCGCUCUCCGACCUGCGCUGCAACCUCUCCUGCAGCGCCCCCCGCCACCUCCAUGUGGUGCGGCCCAUGUCCCACUACAGCCCCAUGGUGCUGCAGCAGGCCGCCAUUCCCAUCCAGAUCAACGUUGGAACCACAGUCACCAUGACAGGCAACGGCGCUCGGGGGGCCCCGGCCGGCUCAGAAGGCUCCGCUGCUUCCCCGGCUGCCCCCGCCGCCCAGCCCCGCACUUCCAGCCCCGUCGAGGCCGGGCAGCCACCCGAAGGGCCGCCCCCUUCGUCUUCCCCGGUGGUCACCCCGACUCAGACUCAGGCCUCCCAGACAGGCCACCCCCGCGUGAUCCGCAUCUCUCACCAGACGGUCGAGCCGGUGGUCAUGAUGCACAUGAACAUUCAGGACUCAGGUUCCCCGAUGGGUGGGGGCGGCUCAGCCGGAGUGCCACCCACAGGACCCGCCGGACCCCCUGGGCACCCCCAAGGAAUGGGUGGCACUGCUCACAUGCCGCUCCCCAGCCUCCCGCCAGAGUUUAUGCAGGCUGUCGCCCAUCAGAUCACCCAGCAGGCCAUGGCAGCGGCCGCAUCAGCGGCAACAGGCCAGCAGGUCCCCAGUUUCCAGUCGGCUCCGACGCGUGUCGUGAUCGCCAGGCCCUCUGCUCCGUCUGUGCGGCCCACACACCCUGGGUCACCCCAGGCACCGGGACAAGGGGGCCCUGGCCUCGGAGGGAAUGCUUCCUUGGCCCAGAUGAUCAGCGGGCUGGUGGGGCAGCUCCUCAUGCAGCCGGUGAUAGUUGCUCAGGGCAGCGGGACUUCACCUUCUUCUUCGUCCUCCUCCUCCUCCUCCUCCUCCACCUCUUCCUCUGUCAGCGCCCAAGCCACCUUCAGCACCAGCAAUUCUGCCUCCCCUCCCACAGCCUCGGCCAGCGCUGGCACCACCAACACCGCCACCACCGCUGCAGGGGGCAGCUCGGCCGGUGCCCCGGGAGGGCCCAUCCCCUCCGGCCAACCCCCCACGGCGGCCGCCGCGGAGCUCCAGUUCUCUCAGCUGCUGGGGAACAUCCUGGGGGCAGCCGGCUCCAGCAUGGCCGGUGUGGCCGGCCUGGGUUCCCCCACCAUCACCGUGGCAAUGCCUGGCGUCCCGGCUUUCCUGCAAGGCAUGACAGACUUCCUCCAGGCGACGCAGAUGGGGGCGGCUCCUCCCCACCCUCCGGAGCAGGCCCCGCCUCCCCCACAGCCAGCGGCCUCCCCGCCACCGCCUCCUCCCCCGCCCUCAGCUCCCCAGAGCGGCAUGGAGCCACCUUUGGGGGGCGGGAGCAGCAACGUCCGUGGCGGCGCCUCGGCAGACUCCCUGCCACCCGAAUUCUUCACCAGUGUGGUGCAAGGGGUGUUGUCGUCCAUGAUGGGGUCGCUCAGCGCCCAGCAGGGCAGCACCGAGAGCAUCGCGGACUUCAUCCAGCGCCUGAGCGGCACCAGCAACAUCUUUGAGCCAGGCACCGAAGGGGCCCUGGGCUUCUUUGGAGACCUGCUCUCCCUCAUCUGCCAGAACUUCUCCAUGGUCGACAUGGUGAUGCUUCUGCACGGGCAGUUCCAGCCCCUCCAGCGGAUCCAGCCCCAGCUCAGCCGCUUCUUCCGGGAGGAGUACCUGCAUGGCCAGGAGCCCACUGAGCGCAACGUUCGGAUGGCCACGUACAAUUUGAUCAACGGCUUGGAGGAGUACAUUCGCGAGAGUUUUGCCUCUGUCCGAGUUCAAGAUGGCGUUGACAUCACCCGCACCAACCUGGAGUUCCUGCAGGAACAGUUCAACCGCAUUGCAAUGCACAUCCUCCACUGCGCUGAUAAUACCUUUGGGUAUCGGCUGCUGGAGUUGUGCAACCAGGGCCUGUUCGAGUGCCUGGCGCUGAACCUCUACUGCUUGCGCGGGGAGCAGGGAGCCCUGACUGCUGUCAUCAACGACCGCAUUAGGCGGAUGUCGGCAGAUAUGAACCCCUCCUUGGUGAGCUGGCUCACCACCAUGAUGAGCAUGCGCCUGCAGGUCAUCCUGGAGCACAUGCCCGUCACAGAGGAUCAAAUACUACAGUAUGUCCGCAGGAUGGGCGACCCCCCACAGCCUGUACCAGAAGAGCCGAUGGAGCUUCAGGCUGCAGAGCAGCCUUCCGAAACCCUGCAGCGAGACAGCGCCGCAUCCCCAGCCCCAGCCACAACGGCCGAGGAGGCCAUGCCCCAGCAGCACGGGGAGCCGGAGCACGAGGAGCCGCAGCAAGGGGAGCCGCCCGCCCCCGACGCAGAGCCCUGGGCAGCUGCCGUGCCCCCUGAGUGGGUGCCCAUCAUCCGGGAGGACAUCCAGAGCCAGCGCAAGCUGAAGCAGCAGCCCCCCCUCAGCGACGCCUACCUGAGCGGCAUGCCGGCCAAGCGGCGCAAGACUAUGCAGGGGGAUGGUCCCCAGCUCCUUCUGUCCGAGGCAGUCAACAAAGCGGCCAAAGUAGCAGGCGUGAAACCUCUGACGAGCGCCGAGAGCCUGAGCAGAGACCUGGCAGAGCCAGCGCUGCAGGAGGGCUACCGACAGCAGCUGAAAUCUGAUCUGCAGAAGCGGCUGCAAGCUGAUCCCAGCUUCACCCCGCAGAGGUUCCCCAACGCCCAGCAAGCCUUUGUGGCCGAGGACUUGUAACGGUCACUGCCCCCAAACCCUCAUGGAUAGGGAGGUCCUCUCUCUGGGGCUCACCUCUUUGUCCUUUUUUUGUGCACGAUGCAGACAGCCACUCCCUUCUCAGGCCAAAUAUUUAAGUUCCUUCCCAACUUACGUCCCCCCCUUCCCAACCCCGUCUUCUGGUUGCUGUGACCUUUCUCCCCCAGCGGAGUGCUCGAAGUUGCUGCUGAAUCAGUAAAUAAAGCCACUUGUCCAGGGACCGGUGGUGCUUGUGUGUUUUCAAAAUGCUCUUAUGGCUGGUGGGAUAUUGAGUUGCUUUGUGGCCCGGCGACCGCAGCCAAGUGCAUCAAUCUCGCAUUAAAGGAUGAAUUGAUCAAAACCGGCAAUUUAAGUCGCCAAGGAAGAGGCUGAUUUAAAUCUUUACCAUUGAUAUCGCUUCAACAGCAGUGUUAAUAAUAUACAAGUAAAAUUAACUAAAGAGGUUUUUUUAAAAAACACUAUUUUGUCCUUAACAACCAAACCUUACAUCUCAUAUGUAUUUUGUGUGUUUAUAUAUAUUUACAUGCUUUCCUUUUUUAAAAAAAAACUAGAAAGGGAAUCGCUUUACACUAUUCCCAAAUAGACGCUUCCUUCUAACUAUCACCUAUGGCAGUUUGAAAGCUUCACAAAUUGAUAAGACUUGUAUGUGAGUCCCUUUGCAUUCUCCCAUGUAGGAGACGAUACAAUUGUCCUUUCUUCUUUCUGCGCCGCUUGGCCCAGCGCUACCCUCCCUCAGUAAGGCAUCGAAUAAAAAUGAAGUUCUUUUUAGGCGGAAUAUAAA